AUGCUUUCAUCAACAAUACGUCUUUUAAUGCGUAGUGCAUCAUUAAUGCGACCAAUGAUAACAGUUCGUCCGUUAUCAAUAAAACCAACUCUUGUGAAUCUAAAUGAAAAGCACAAAUUAUUAAUUAAUGAAAUUCCACGUCGUUGGUCUCAUGUUCAUCAUACAUAUCCAAUGAUUGAAAGUCGUAUUAUGCUUUUAUUACGUUUAUUUGAUAAAAUCGAUCCAAAUUCAUUAAAAUUAGAUUCACGAUUUGUUCAAGAUCUUGGUCUCGAUUCAUUAGAUAUUGUUGAAAUAACAGCAGCAGUAGAAGAUGAAUUUUGGACAGAAAUUCCCGAUGUAGAUUCGGAUCAUUUUGCAACACCUAGACAUAUUAUACAAUAUUUAUGUGACAAAUAUGAUGUUUAUGAACAUAUUGAACCAAUUUCAGCUGGAAAAGAAUAUUUAAAAGAAUCUAAAGAAGCUGCUGAUAGAGCUCAUCAUUAA